AUGUCAAUCCCGCUCCGCCAGAUCAAGCCCAAGAGCGCGCGCACAAAGCGCGCCCUCGAGAAACGCGAGGCGCAGGUGCACGAGAACCCGAAGACAACGCUCUUCCUGCGCGGCACGUCGUGCAGCCAGAUCGCGCAACAUGCACUGGCCGACCUCAAGCAGCUGAAGGAGCCGCUCGCGAUCAAGUUCAACAAGAAGAACGACAUCCACCCGUUCGAGAACACCGACUCGCUUGAGUUCUUCAGCGAGAAGAAUGACGCCUCGCUCAUGGUCUUCGGCCACCACAGCAAGAAGCGGCCCCACAGCCUGACCUUUAUGCGCUUCUUCCAGUGGAAGGUCCUCGACAUGCUCGAGCUGUACAUCGACCCGGACACCUUCCGCCAGCUCAGCCAGUUCAAGAACAAGAAGGCCGCCGUCGGCCUGAAGCCCAUGCUCAGCUUCUCCGGCACCCCCUUCGAAAGCCCCGUUCCCAAUGCGUACACCCAGGCAAAGAACUAUUUCACCGACUUUUUCCGCGGAGGGGAAGCCCAGAGCGUGGACGUUGAGGGUCUGCAAUUCAUGAUCCACUUCAGCGCCAAGGACGAAGUCGAUGGCGAGCCUAAGCCUGCAAUCCACAUGCGCGUGUACCUCAUCAGGACGAAGAGGAGCGGUCAGAAGCUGCCGCGCGUCGAAGUCGAGGAGAUGGGCCCUAGAAUUGAUUUCAGGGUCGGCAGGGUCCAGGCGGCGGAUGAGUCUAUGAUGAAGGAUGCUCUCAAGAAGCCUAAGCAGCUUGAGCCCAAGAGCAAGAAGAACAUCGAGACGGACAUCAUGGGUGACAAGAUCGGAAGAGUCCACGUUGGCAAGCAGGAUCUCAACCAACUUCAAACCCGCAAGAUGAAGGGUCUGAAACGUUCCAAGGAGGACAUUGAAGAGGAGAGUGAAGAUGGCGGCACAAUGAUCGAUGAUGACGAGAUCAGUGACGAUGAGAUGGACGAGGAUCUUGCACCGGAAACGCACCCCAAGCGUGCCCGCGUGUGA